AAGCAUAUGAACAUGCAGGAAUUUGGAAAGAAAUCAAUGAAAAAAUUCCCAUAAAGGAAGUAAAACUCCCCCUAAAGGAAUUUAUUAAAAAUUAUAUCAAUUCACAAGAGACGGAACUACCAAAAGAUAUAAGUACAAAAAAACAAAAAAAAUUUAGAGCUAUACAAUUAUUGUUGGAUCAUAUUUUAUUACUCUGGGAAGCACCACAUUAUAAAGCAAAAAGUUCUAUUAAUGAAAGUACCUGGGCACACAAUAUCAUUGAUCCAAUUUGUCAAUUUCUUAAUUUCAAUUUAUUGGAUUUAAGAAUUUCUUGGGAUAAUGUAAUGAGUCAAGCUACACGUGAAAGGAAUGAUCUGGAUGGACCAAUUAAAAAACCAGAUAUCCUUGGAAAGUACUUUGGAAUCAAUGCAACAUAUGACUGGGAAAUGGACCUUUUAUUGAUACAACACAAUUCAUUGGAUGAUGCUUAUAGGCAUUACACAUCUAAAUGUAAAAAUUUAUAUGAGGAUUUUCAUCUAUUAAAUUUAUUCCUACUUCAAGCGUCAGGUACAUUCUUAGAAUUUUUUAUUAUGGAUAAAAAAUACCAACCGCUAUAUAGGUUACGUAGAUUGGAACAAAUUGAACUUCCGUACCAAAAGCAUUCGUUAUCAGUUGAAUCAGUAAUCAAUUUGGUUUCAGUGUUAAUUACAUAUCAUAAAUUAAUACGAAAGAAUUUGAUGUUAAUUAAGUCCAUUGAUACAAAACUAGAAAUCAAUGAUAGUAGUGGGUAUAAUAUAGUUUUAGAUCAAUUUAAACAAAUUAGUUUAAUUCCCACAUUAAACACACCACGAUCCUCAAUAAUUGAAAAGAAAAAAUAA